CAGGGAUUACGGUAAUCGAUGUUCUGCCACCGGAAAGGCCAUUGUGUGUACAGUCGCCCCUUUUGUAAGCUAGCUAUCCUACCGAUUGUAUCGCGCUGUUUUCCUCCAUUAUUCCCACCGGCAGCAAAGCGAAAACAUGUCGACGGACAUGCCGGCGACCAGCCUGACCCUGGAGGCGCAGCUGCUGUCAAUAAUGGACGUCCUGGCGAAGGCGGCGGUGGCCGAAAUCAGCCAACUGUUCUCGGAGAGCUCGGCGGCGCUGCGCCUGCAGAUCUCGCAGAGCCUGAAGGAAAACGAAGCCCUGAGGAUGAGGAUGAAGGUGAUGAGGAGUGAGUUGUUUUCGCUGAGGCUCCAGACCAGGACGAAUGCCUCUCGACCGGCCAGCCGCUUCUCUCUGGCCAGGGCGAGCGUCCCUAAACCGCGGACCAAAUCACUAGUCCAUGUAAAGCCAACAGUGGCCCAAAAGGCUGUGGAGGAUGCUGCUGCUGUUACCAUACCAUCAGAGGACAAGACUUCCUCCACCAACACUGUGGAGUGUGCAGUAGUGGAGAGCCCAGAUGUCAUCUUGAUCAAGGACGAGGAUGACAUUGGAGGAUGCAGACCUGUUACAGAGGUUCAGGAUGACUUUGGAAACAGCAGCACGCAGAGCAGCGUCGCCACAGAGACUCCAAAUUUAGAAACCCCGGGUUCUUCCAGCAUGACAGAUGAUAAUGAAGGGUUGCGAAUCGUGAGCGUCCAUGGUCGAGGGGAGGGGCCUCUGGAGGGAGACGACAGCCUCUUCACUGCCUCUGAACUGCGGGCUCUCAGCUCGCUGUCGCCUGACCCCACCAUCGGUCAUGAUGGUCUCCUGAGUUUCAGCAGUGGCACUAAUGAGAGACCUCUGAUGAGAGGGAUACAGGAUAACGACGUGGGGCUGGCGAGAAAUGGUCACUUGGAGAGAAGCCAGCCCACCCAAAUGGCUUCAUCAUCACUGACCCCUGUAGUGAAACCACCAGUGGGGGGUGAUGGUAAAGGCAUUCACCUGAGCCACGUCAGCCAGUUCCCUCAGCAGCAGAACCCCGUCUUCUCCCAUGUCGCCAACAAAUCCCUGGACUGUAGCUUCUGCGGGGAGCGCUUCCUCAGCCGCGAAGACCUGAUCCUACACCGGGCAAGCCACACCGGGGAGUCACCCGUGCCCUGCGCCUUGUGUGGCAAGUCUUUUGUCAACAAGACCACACUGAGCAUCCACAUGCGCAUCCACACCGGCGAGAAGCCGUACGCUUGCCUCCAGUGCGGCAAGCGCUUCACACAGAACGGCAGCCUGAAGAUCCACCUGCGGACUCACUCUGGGGAGAAACCGUACACCUGCUCGCAGUGCACCGCCAGCUUCAACAACCCCAGCAACCUACGCAGGCACAUGAUCACACACACCAGCAACGGGGUGCUCUGACACCGCGGUCGGACAAUGAUGAAACGCCUUUAAGGGACAUUGUUUCUCAGCAGUUUUUCAUGACAUGAUAAAUGGGUUUCCUCCCAGCGUCCUCAUUAUGUCCCUGGUGCAUUGUUGUUUUGCCACUGCAGAAUGAAAUUAUUAUGAGGGAAAAUGUGCUUUAUAAAUACCAGGCUAAUAUAGAAUCCAACAGCUUCCUUGUAGAAUCAAUGGACGCUUGUGGUUUACGGUCAAGUUGGAGUUUAUUCAGAGUCCUCAGUCACAAUCUGAAAUGGCUUUACAGGUCCUUAGUUUAUAGAAGACAAAACAACACCCUCAGCCUGAACCCUCAUAGUGGGCAAGAAAAAACUCUCCAGAAGCCAAAAGGGGAAAAUGGAAAAGAUGAAGGAUUGCCCCUCCAGGCUGGCCAGAAGAGCAGUGGGUGGAAAUGAGCAGUUAUUAGCUCUAACUAGUUCAAAUCAAAUUUGAGAUAGUAAUUCGAAAGAGUAAUUUGAAAUAAUAAUUAGGUAACUUUCUGUCUUUUCAGUUCCACAAUUGUAUGAAAAAAAAAAAAAAAAAAAACAGUGAUAGGAAAACAACCCACAAAAACUGAAAAGAUUUAGUAUUUUCUUGCCUGAUGUGAGAUCGAGGUGAAGAAAAACCGCCAGGGACAACAGUUUCAUUGGGGAAAUAAAUUUUCAGUGCAACACCUGCACUACCACUUCAGGUUCUUGGAAAACAACUUUUAAGCAGUUUUCUGUUGAAACCGAUGGAUUGGGAUUGCUUGUUCAGCUUUCUGUUUACUGUACCAAUUUGUUGCCGCAAGGUUUGCCAAUGAAGGUAGUGUGU